AUGUACCAUCACUAUCACGCCUUCCAAGGCAGAAAGCUUACUGACCAAGAAAGAGCACGCGUGUUGGAGUUUCAAGAUUCCAUUCACUAUUCUCCGCGGUACUCAGACGAUAACUAUGAGUACAGGCAUGUGAUGUUACCUAAGGCCAUGCUAAAAGUUAUCCCAUCUGAUUACUUCAAUUCGGAAGUGGGGACCCUGCGUAUAUUAACAGAAGACGAAUGGAGAGGCCUCGGCAUCACACAGUCUUUGGGGUGGGAACAUUAUGAAUGCCAUGCGCCAGAACCACACAUUUUGCUAUUCAAAAGGCCGCUGAACUACGAGGCCGAGCUGAGGGCAGCGACCGCUGCUGCUCAACAGCAACAGCAACAGCAGCAACAGCAGCAACAACAACAACAGCAACAUCAAACACAAUCGAUUUCGAACGAUAUGCAAGUUCCACCCCAAAUCUCCUAG